AUGCUUAGCUCAGCCCGGCCACGUUUGUUGCUUUAUCUAUGUUUGCCAUGGGGAUUGGCUGUGGAGAACCCAUCUCAGAGUUGUGGAGCAGGGACCUGCGCAGACGAGCGACCGAGUGGAGUUCUACCAAGCGAGCAGGGGCGCAGCGGAGCAGACUCCUCUGAAGUCCCCCAAAACGACAUCCAGGCCUGGCUGUGUGGCUUCGGCCCGGACGGUGCAGAGCUUCGGCUUUGCUAUGUGACGCUGCUUGAUGUGCAGCAGGUGUUGAACCACAGUUGCGGGUUCGUGAACACCUCUUCGCCCGUGCGCUUUGCCCUUGUGAGGACGCACAAGACUGGCAGCACCACGGUUUCCCAGGCCAUGAUACGGUCAGGCAUGUGGCUGGGGCUGCGCUGGGCUGGCUGCGGCGACAGGUCACGCUUCGUGCCACACGAGCAUGCCUGCAACGCCCGCAACGACUCCACCCGCUCCCAGAAGCACGAGGGCAAGUAUGACUUUGAGUCGCGGCACACGUAUGACCGCGACACAUGGUGGACGUCGGAGCCCUAUCUGGAAGAGUGCGAUGCUGAUGGCCGUCACUUCGAGCGCACGCUGCAAGGCUACGAGAAGCAGAUGGGAUCUGAUGUGCAGAUUUUCGCUCUGAUUCGGGAGGCUCAUUCGCACUUGCGGUCGACGCUUGACUUCUACCAGGUGCCAUUCGCCAAGUUCAAUGCGUCCGAGAGCCUCUGGAACCCUUUGGCAAAGGAUUUUCGCCUGCUGCAGGCAGAGCACGUGGACGAGUUCCUUGCGCGUUGGCCCUUCAAUCGCAGGGGCCGCCUGCACGUCCUCGUGACCGAGGAGCUCGCCGCAUCGAUGGUGAUGUUUCGCAGAACUGUGAACUGGUCUUUGAGAGAUGUGGUGUUCCUUUCAGGCCGUGUCACGAAGAGGCACGGCUGGGUUCCCGAGCCUGCUUCCAUGCCACCGGGGCGCUUGAACUGGGACGAGAGGUUGAACGAGGUGUUGCGACCCCUGUUCAUGGUCGAGCUGGCGAAACAUCAGUCCGAUCCGUCCUUCCAGCGAGAGGUCACAGCCCUCAAUCGGAUCAACGCAGUGCUUCCCCAAGUCUGCGCCCAACCCCAGGAGGGCUUCGUGGCCAGCGUCUGCGACGCGAAAGUUGAGAACAUGAAGGAUGGAAAGAAGUGGGCCGCCAAGUACCGCAAGUUCCAUUGCGGAUGA